AUGUUUAACUGUCUUAAAAACCCUCACUCAAAAGACACAAGGCAAUCACUUCUGACCUUUCAAGCUGUUACCAAUUCUGAUGCAUCUCCUGCUACUGUUGGUGAGUUAGGAACUUGGGUCUUUAAUCAAGAAGCUAUUAGGAAGGCCUUAGUUGAAAUGAUUAUAAUAGAUGAACUCCCUUUUAGAUUUGUUGAAGGUCCUGGAUUUAGGAAGUUCAUUCUGGUAUGUUGUCCUAGGUUUAAGAUUCCAUCAAGAUGGACAAUUAGUAGGGAUAUCAAUUUGAUUUAUGAAGAGGAAAGGCUCAAGUUGAAGUGCAUGUUUAGGGGAAACACUCAAAGAGUCAGUAUUACUACUGACACUUGGACUUCUAUUCAGAGAAUUAACUACAUGGUAGUUACUGCUCACUUUAUAGAUGAAGAGUGGAGGCUAAAUAAAAAAAUUAUUUCAUUUGUCCCUGUCACAUCACACAAAGGUGAGUCUGUUGCAAAAUCCCUUGAAAACUGUUUGCUGGAUUGGGGUAUUAGAAAUGUCUACACUAUUACAGUGGACAAUGCAUCAUCAAAUGACACUGCCCUAGGUUUUUUAAAAAAGAAAUUGAUGUCUUGGGGAACAUCUACUGUGAAGGGCAAGUACAUUCACAUGAGAUGCAUUGCCCAUAUUUUGAAUUUAGUUGUGCAAGAUGGGCUAAAACAGUGUGAUGAUUCUGUGAAGAAGGUUAGGGAUGCUGUAAGGUAUGUGAGAAGUUCACCUGCUAGACUUAAGAAAUUUAAGGACUUGUCUGAAUGGCUUGGGAUUGAAAAGAAAUCUUCUCUGUGUCUAGAUGUUCCAACCAGAUGGAACUCUACAUAUCUUAUGUUACAAUCUGCAGUAUUUUAUGAGAAAGUGUUUUAUUCACUUGAAGAAAGUGAUUCUUCCUUCAAAUCAGAUUUGGGUGAUUCUAUUCCUAACUUUCUUGAUUGGGAGUCUGUGAAGAGUUUGGUGAAUCUGUUGAAGUGUUUUUAUGAUAUGACAAUAAGAAUUUCAGCUGGUGGUUCUGUGAAAUUGAUGGGGGAAACUAUGAAGGUUAAAUUUGAAAAGUAUUGGGGGGAUAUAGAUAAGAUGAACUUGAUGAUAUUCUUUGCAAACAUUCUUGACCCCAGGGACAAAUUAGAGUACAUGCCAGCACAGAUCUUACACAUGUAUGGUGAGUUAAAAGGUAAAACCUACUAUGAGAAAGUGGUUGCAGCUUUUACAGAGUUGUUUGAUGAUUAUGCUGCCUCUGUUGUCCCUAUUGCUCCUGUGAUUCCUUCUACUGUUUUCCCUACUGUUUCUGUCAUCUUUUCUACUGAUUCUUCACAGUCUAAUGUUGGGAAGCCCCAGGGUUUGUUAAAGUCCCAGAUUAAGAAACAAAGAAUGGAGAGUGGGGGAAAGAAAAAAACUGAGUUGGAAAUUUACCUUGCUGAGGCAUUAGCUGAAGAAGAAUCUUCUUUUGACAUACUUAGAUGGUGGAAGCUGAAUGCUGAAAGAUUUCCUAUCCUUUCAAAAGUAGCUAGGGAUGUCUUAGCUAUACCAAUAUCCACUGUUGCCUCAGAAUCUGCCUUCAGUACAUCAGGGAGGGUUUUAGAUCCUUUUAGGAGUUCUUUAACUCCUAAAAUUGUGGAAGCUCUGGUUUGUACUCAGGAUUGGCUUAGACUGCCUAAUACCCCCAUAUCAAUUGAGGAAAAUCUGGAGGAAUUGGAGAGAUUUGAACAAGAAUUGGGUGCUGAUGGUGGGAGUGGAGCUGGGAGGAUUGGUGGUUCUACACUUCCUACGAUUCCUGAAGAAGAAGAACAGUAG